AUGGAUGUGAGCACCGGCAUGCGGUUGGUUAUCAUCAACAGAGUGCCCGGAGUGUUCAAAGAACAAAAGAGCAAGAACGGAAUUGAAAUCAAACAACCGCAUGAAGACGAAACAGUAAGGCUUCUCGAGCAACUGCACAAUAUGGAAAAAGACAUAAAAGAUGGUAUUGCGCAAAAUCCAGUAGAGAGUAAUGAGUUAUCAAAUGAGAUAACGAAUUACAUGGAAAACAUAAAACAUAAUAUUCAACCAAUGAGCGAUGCAAUCGAAGAAGUCAAUCACAACAGCAAAGUCGAUGCGGCGUUGUUUCAAGGAGACAUGAUUCUCACUAAGGAGCAAGUCGAGGAGAUCAUAGAGGAUGUCAGAGAGAACGCAGGCCAUCGCAAAAAACGGCAAGCAUUCCGUGACACAAGAUAUCCUAAGACCUUAUGGUCAAAUGGAGUGUCUUACUCGUUCGGCUCUAAUGCAACUGAGGCAGCAAAAAGAGUGUUCAGAAAAGCUGCUACGCUAUGGUCUUCAGAUACUUGCAUUAGCUUCAGCGAAAGCAAUACAGCUACCGAUAAAAUCGAAGUCAUAAAAAGUGGUGGAUGCUGGUCAUAUGUUGGAAGACUUGGAGGUUCGCAAGGCCUCUCACUAGGUCGGGGAUGCGAGACAGACGGUUGGUUGUCUCAAUUUGUAAAGCAGACCGAAAGGACGAACUACAACUAUAAUCUGACUUAUGACUACGGAAGUGUUAUGCACUAUGGAGCAAGGAGUAAUUGCAAUUUCAGUGUUUCAAAGAAUGGUAAGCCUGUGAUGGCACCACGUGAUAGUAAAUAUAUCCAAACCCUUGGGUCCAGGAUGAUUUCAUUCUACGAGAAACUCAUGAUUAACCUGCAUUAUGGAUGCCUUGGUGAGAAAAUUGUUCCAUAG